AUGGUGCUCUACCAGUGCAAGACGCCGCCCUGGCCACAGACGCCGGCGGAGGUGAGCGUAGGAGUGGCCCAGGCAGACGGACGCUGUCAGAGCGCACCAUACGCGAGCUUUCGGUACACCGAGCAAUGGAGACUCACCAGGGUUUAUCCCAUGGAGUUCGAUGAGAAGCAGCAGGCGGAAGGUUUCAAGUUCUUCGUCUCGGGGGAGAACUUCCUGCAGUCCAAGUCCGCCCUGUGCCGCCUCGGCGGGCCCAACGGCGUCCUCGCAACCGCCGAGGUGGUCCAAACCAACUUCACACUGCUGUGCGCUGUGCCGCCGGGUGGUUUCACCUUAGCGUCGUCUCCAGAGGGCAUGACUUAUGAGGUCGAGGUGGCUAUGAACGGCCAAGACUUCGUGGGCGGCACUCCACCAGUCUUGGUGCGCUUUGUGACCUCUACCUCGGUGGUUACGGUUGAGCCGUCCUGGGUCUCCGCGUUGGGGAACCUGCCCUUGGCCGUGAAAGGCGCAAGCCUGGCUGCGGACAUGCGCUACUGCAUCUUCGGGGAGGGGGAGCGCGCCAUUGAGGUUCCACUGUCCGCCCUGGCUAGCGAGCGCGAGGUGGUUUGCACCACGCCCCACUGGGAGAUCCGGCCGUAUGGUGCAGCGACCGAGCGUGUGUUGGUCCGCCUCGCCCCGGAUGGCACUGGCACCGCUCGAAGCUCCUCUGCUUAUGUCACCUUUGUGGCCUAUCCUUUGCCGGAGAUCGUGGAGCCCAACGAGGGCCCGGUGCAAGGCGGAACGGUGGUGCGCAUCUUUGGCCGCCACUUCCGGCCGGACGGUCAGGAGAUCCUCAUCCAAUGCAUUUUCGGCUCCAAGCAGAGCAAGGCGUUGGUGGUCUCCGACACCGAGCUGCAGUGCACGUCGCCGCCAGUGGAUGGCGCCUACCGCGCCACGGGGCACUUGUCGUCCUUCAACCUGGAGACGAUCCCAGCGCCGCCGGCGGUGAAGAGUACCACCUCAGCCUCAAACCAGCGGCCCAUGAAGCAGCUCACCUUCUAUUACCGCCGCUUCAUCCCCAGCAUCUCCUGGGUGGAGCCCUUGAGCGGCCCCGAGUUCGGCAACACGCUGGUGUCUCUGCGCUCGGACGCACCGCUCUUGAACUCCAAGAACAUCAAGUGCGUUUUUGGGAACAUCCAGGUCGCGCUCUUCAUGGUAACGCAGAACGAGGCCACCUGCACUUCUCCGCCGCUGAAUCGGCCUGGCAUGGUUGAGCUCACCCUCACGGCUGACGGCCAGAACCGAGUCCAGAUCGGCGCCAACGGGGAUGCAGUGCGCUUUACGUACUACAUCACGCCCACCGUCGCCAAGGUCACCCCCUCCUUCGGGUCUUCAAGGGGUGGCACCAUCGUGCAGUUGGAGGGCGCCCACUUCAUCAACGACGGACGGCUCACCUGCAAGUUCGGGGACCUCACGGUGCCCGCUUUCCGAUUCAUCUCCAGCGCGUUGGUGCUUUGCAGGACACCCAUUAAAGCGCCUGGGAUGGUGCAGGUCUAUUUGUCGAACAACGGGCAGAACUUUACGGGCGGCAGUGACGCCACGUUCGAGUUCCUGGGCUUUACCUACUUCCACCUGCACCCGUACCUGGGCCCGAUCAGUGGCAACACCGUGGUCCUGGUGGAAUCCGCCAGCGUGCCGGUGGCUGCGGAUGCCUCGAUCCGCUGCCGCUUUGGGACGCUCACGGUGCCAGGCAUGCGUGUCAACGAGACGUUCCUGCAGUGCGUCUCUCCAGCGGUGGUCACUGCGGGAGAGGUGAAGUUCGAAGUUGCGCUGAACCAGCAAGACUUCGUAGAGGCCACCCAGAAGUUCCUCUACUACGAGAACCCCAGGAUCCUGACGGUGGAUCCGCCCUUGGGGCCUAACCACAACGGCCUCAGCAUCCGCCUCUUAGGCCAAGGCUUCAUCAGCACCAACUACCUCAAGGUCCGCUUCGGCGGCGUCUCGGUCGAGGCGGCUGGCCUACAUUUGGUGCAGACGGCUUUGGCCUCCACUGACACAGAGGUAGUGGUGGAACUGCCGCGCAUCACAGUGAACGAGGAUAUGACCCGAGUGCCUUUGUACAUCUCCAACAACGGCCAGAACUUUGCGCCGGAAGGAGUGCUAGCGUGGGAUCAAGAUGAAGAUUCCUAUGACGUGCCGAAGACUAUGGCCUACUUCACCUUUCACGAGCCACUAUUGCUCCGCAAUGUGGAUCCGGAGGUUGGCAUGACCUACGGCGGCGGCUUCGUGUCUGUCUUUGGCUACGGGUUCCUGAACUCUACCGGGUUGAACUGCUCCUUCGAGUGGAUAGGCUCGCCCUCGGUGGUGUUCAUCUCCUCUACCCAGAUCAUGUGCGAGGCGGGCGGUCGGCAGUUUGGGCAGUUUGUGGGCCACUUUGUCACCAUGUUGAUGACGCUCUUUCAAUGCUUCAGGCUGAGCAAUGAGUGCUGUCCCAUCCUGUGA